CAUCAGACCAAUGCUCAGGAUCGUACAAUGGCCGAAGCCCUGUCCUACCCGAGAGUCCCAAGACCCGUGAGCCUCGUUGCCCUCGAUGGUGCUGCUGCAAAUAAUGUCAGGAGUAACGCUGACCAAAUACAGGAAACUCGAGAUAACGCUCGGUCCUUCACAUCGACGGAGGCGCAGACGGAGCUAGCGCUUCAGAACGGACCGGUGGGCCACCAAGCCGAGGAAGUUUUCAAUGGCAUUCGAGACGCGCGUAGACGAGAGCGACGGAUACGCAGACAGCACCGUCGCGCUCUGAGAUCUUGCUCCAUACCGACGUAUCCUCCCACCACGCCGGGUUGCCAGACGGCUUCAACCGCACCGGGAGUACCGCUAGUACCACCCGCUCGAGGUUUCCUUCACCCUCCGCCCCCACACUUGAGUCUCAGAGGCCUCAGUCUUGGUUUACCCUUUCCCGUAUCUACUAGUGUGUCUGCUUUCGGCAGAGACACAGUACCAAAACAAUGUUGUGGUUUGGGUUCUCCACCAGUACGUUGGUCCAUACUGGGUGUCGGCUUCGUAGGUUUAGUCUGUGCCGGUGCAGGCACUCUUCUUGGUGCUCUCAAAGCUUCCGGUCGUGAUCAUCUCCUAGGAAUAUUUAUGUCCGGUAUAGGAGUUCUCUUGGUAUUGGUGAGUGCAGUGGCGUGGCGACUAACUAAUCAAGAUUAUUGUGGCAGUUUAUUCGGUUUCACUAGCAUUUCCGGUAGAAUACCCCCCUCGAGACCGAUACAUCCAUAUGCUGCCAUGAUCUAUCCUGAAUUUCAAUUUAGAACACCACCACCAAGUUAUCAGGCUAGUAUGCAAGAAUAUAGACUUCGAUUGUUGCUAUUGGACCGAUUGCAGCCUACAUCGUCACCACCGCCGACUUACAGAUCGAAUGCGGGAAGUAUCGUAGCAGCGGCUACAGCGAGAGAGAGUCGACCGCCAAGUUAUUGCGCCGAUUCUACUGUUACGCCUAACAUCACCUUAGUAUCCUCGAAGAAAGACGCGAAUCUCGUUAGAAUCGUCCAAACUGAAUCCGAACCGGUUAUCCUCAGUGGCGAUCAAACGCCACCAGUAGCCGCUGUCGAAGUAUUGGCGCAUCUUUAGAUUAAGCGACAGAUUUUUAUUUAUGGCUGGCCAUUUCUUUUGAAGUUUAAAGUGAUGAUGUACCUAGAGUAGAUAGUAUUUUUAUGUAAAUUAUUUUUUGGCAUAAGAGGAAAAAGACGGAGACAAAGCUCACAGACGCCAUGUAUGCCUUCACACCUCAAUUUUCAGAUCGAACGCAUCGUGUGUAGAUAUUUAUUUAUCAUAAUUCGCAGCUGUGUACAGUCGAGUAGAUGAUGUAUAUAAGUUUACAUGUAAUUCCGAAAUGAAGAAAUUCUAUGAUUAUUAGUUGAGAGUAAUGGUAUUUUAUAUUUAUUUUAACAUAUGUUACAUACAUAUAAAUUUAUUUGUAACACUUCUCUUAUAUGCAAUGCCUUGUAAACACAUGUUAAGUAUUGGAAAAUUACAUUUUAAUAUUUUCAAAGAAAGAAAAA